AUGGUCAACUUCCACAUCAACGAACCUCACCCAUCCGCCUCCAACUACAUGUACUCUGGUCGCGGCGGUGCCGGCAACGCCAUGCGCGUAAAGCCCACCGAAAUCACCCCAGGCGCUACUGCCUCUGGCCCUGCCUCGCGCACCAAGCUGCCUCCUCCACCAUCAAACGCCUUUUACGCUACCGGCCGUGGCGGUGCUGGCAACAUGCGCAAGUCCGAACGUGCCAUCUUCAGCUUCGACGAGGAGCUCCAACAGCAAGAGCGUCUGCGCUCCCAGCAAGCCCCCGUCUACCACAUUGGCCGCGGCGGCGCCGGAAACCUCGUCGACGAGAUGAAGCCCCGAACCCACCGCCAAAGCUCCUCCUCUUCCGCCUCCAGCUCCUCGAGCGUCGAGAGCGAAAAGGACGGUGUCCGAAGGAGCGUCGAGCACGCAUGGCAGCGUCUCAGCAGGCAAUUCUCUCACUAG